AUGCCUCUGGUGGAUGCAUCCAUGGAAAACUUACCGGUGGAAGUCAUGGUCGAUAUUCUGUCAAGACUUCCUGUGAAGACAAUCAUCCAAUGCAAGUGUGUAUGCAAGAAGUGGCUGGAUCUCGUUUCCGACUCUUACUUUGCUGAUUUUCAGCUAUCUAGAUCACCUGCAGGCAUCAUGAUUUAUCAUGAUUCCGAUCACAACAAAGAAAAUACAGGUUACCAUAAAUCGGGCAUUUGGGUUGAGGUUGAAGACAAACCCGAUCACCACAAUUUACCCCACAACCGUGUCAUGAGCCUUGAUCUUAAUCUUCCAGGCAUAAUACACCCAGUGGGCUCACUCAACGGUUUAAUCUGCCUGUGGCAGUAUAAUCGUAAAACUAGUAACACUUACAUUUGCAAUCCAAUCACCAGAGAAUAUAUGAUCCUCCCAAAGCAAAAAUACCAUAGAAAAGAAAUUUAUGCGGAUGUCACUUAUGGUUUUGGAGUUAGUUCUGUGGCACGUGAAUACAAAGUGAUACGGAUUCUCCAAAAGUCUCUAUCUCCAGCCGAGGUUUACACCCUUGGCACAGGUCAAUGGAGAAGUCUCGGUCAUGUCCCUUACUGGUUUACUGGACGAUGUGGACAAUUUCUAAAUGGGCAUGCUCAUUGGACUAUUCGUGACCAGGAUUCCUCUAAAAAGAUUUGUGCUUUAGAUUUCGACAAGGAGACAUUUGAGUUGUUCCCAUCUCCUCCCCCUGAAGAAGCUUUUAUCUACUUUGAUUGUUUGGGAGUUGUAAGGGGCUGUUUAUGUCGAUGUGACACUUACUAUUCUAAAUUCACGGUGUGGGUGAUGAAGGAAUAUGGGGUGAAGAAAUCUUGGCAUAAAGAGUUUGUGAUCGAGAGAUGUAUGGACCCUAAUCUUGAUUUGCUUCGGGUGGAACCUUUGUAUCCAAUUGAGGGUUUUGAAGAUGGAACUAUUUUGAUGGCAUCUUAUCAAAAUAAAGUUUUUGUUUACUGUCCUCAGAGGAAAACAAUUGUAGAUAGGGAAGUAUUUGGCGGCUACUUCUACGGAUUGUCUUAUCAUCCUAGCUUUCUCAGACUACACAACUUUGAAAACGGAAGAGUUCAAUUGUUUUGA